CACUAGCUCGUAAAAAUGAUAUUGAAUAUUGGAAACGCAAACUGGAAAAUGAUAAAAAUGCGGUGUUUAUAAACUGGGUGCGAAUUUUGCAUGGUCCUGAAACUAAGUAGUGUCUAAUCAAUUUUGUAAUGAUCUAAUCCUGUAAUGAAAUACUUCAAUCAAGAAAGAAAGAUCCAACUGACUCUUGAUUGUGGACAAAAGGAAUUUGGUAGUACUAGAUGCCGUCAAUGUCAUAUGGUAUACAUAGUUGGUGAUAAAGAAGAUGUCAAGGCUCAUAAGGAGUAUCAUCAAAUGAAAUUAUUUCCAACUGUGCGGAGCUAUGAACAAAUUGGCACGCUACUGACGCUCUUAAGAAAUCGCCAGUCUGGACUACCACAAGGUGCCAAUUUUUGUGAAAAACGUUGUAAUGAAAUCCUGGUCUCAAAAAAUUUGGUGAAUUUUAAAGUUCCGGACAGCAACUUUCCUUUAAUCGAAAUGGACCUUGUUUACAAGCUGUAUAAAAGUCAAGAUACCUCAUAUCUUCCUCGUAAAGUUCUUCAACCUCUGACCUAUUUCUUUAUGGGAUUAGCUUCAAAGAUAGCAUUGUCGCGUCACCAGCUAAAUGUCAUCGGUUCGGAACGCUUGUUAUUGGCGAUUGACAAAAGGCCUAGUAAUCAGCCUUUGAUUACAGUCACCAAUCAUCAUUCGUGUCUUGACGACUUCUUCUUAUGCGGUUCAUUACUUAAACUUAGUCAUUUUGCUAAUGUAACUGUAUGUCGUUGGUGUUUGACAGCUGUAGAUAUAUGUUAUACAACAUGGCUUCAUACUAACUUCUUCUUCUGGUUCAGAGGAGUUCCCGUAUGGCGAAGAGUUCGUGACCCACUGUCUGGUAAAAUAACUCACUUUGGUGGAGGGGUUUAUCAACCUAGUAUGGAUUUUUGCAUAGAUUUACUUAAUUCUGGCCAAUGGGUACAUGUAUUUCCUCAGGGAAGGAUCAUUCAACCUCAUGAACGUCGUUCUGAACAAAAUAUUCGCUUGCGUUGGGGAAUCGGACGAUUAAUAGCAGAAUCAAAAGAAGACCCACUUGUAAUUCCCAUAUGGCAUUGUGGCCUAGAUGAACUAAAUCCUUCUGAGGUACCUAAUACGUCCACUACUCUUUCACGUAUAUUUGGAAAACCGUGUCAACUGACUGUGGUAGUUGGCGAACCAAUCGAUGUCCAGAGUUUGCGUCAAGACUUAAAGCACAAUACAUCCGAAUAUUCGACGUCAUUAGAAUUUCGUUCAGAUGUUCACUCUAAGAUAACUCAAGUUGUCCAAGAACAGUUGUACAAACUCAAGGAAGAAACCGAACAUAAACAUCAAAGACUAAGUCUGACCCAAAAGUUGUGAAUAACUUAACCAGAAGUCUAAUUUUUCUACUUGUAUUUUUUUAAAAUACCAUAAUGUAAUAAACUCUUCCAACGUGUUUUAGCAUCUAAAUUUGUACAUUUUCAUUAGGACUUUGUUAACUAGACAACUUGUUCGUUUGUUUGUAUAAUUUCUUAAUUAAAGUUAUGUAAUCCGUAAACUUAUUUCUCCGCACUUGAUCGCUUCAGACAAAGUUUAAUAAACUAGCUACGCUUGUUUUUUUCAAUUCUUUUAUAUCAUUGAAAGUAAAAAUUAUGAUACACAUUCUCUUCAAAAUGAAAGACUGCAUCUCGUAUUGAUUCGCUUUCUGCACUCGUCCAUAUCUGUCCAAUUUUACGCUUACAAAUAAGGCAAAAUUAACUGACGUUUCUUCACACUGUUCGAGUAAAUCCUU